CAAUUCUAAAUUUAAAUUAACACGAGUCAAUCCAGUAUACAUAAACCCUCAAAACAAUUAAACCUCUUCACAACAUCUGCUAGAUUUGGUGUCUUGUUUCCCUGUCUCGAACAACCGUCAAAGCAAUCGUUAUUUAACACGACAGUAAUUUAAGGUGUACGAUACGAUACAAUACAAUACAAUGACAUUGGGGAAUGAUUACAGGUUUGGGUUAGUAAAACGCACUAGCUCAUUCGGUCGAAAGAGGAUUUUUAUUUUGAACGAAUUCGACAUCGAAUCUAUCGAUUCGGAUUCGGUUUCCCCCACGAAGAAACGAUCAAUCGGUUCGGGUUCGGGUAGUGAGAGAUCGUUGCUAGAAGCUCUUCCUCAGGAUAUUCUUAUUAAGGUUUUAUGUGGUGUGGAGCAUGAUGAUCUAAAGAGACUGUUUCGUGUAUCGAAGCCGAUUAGAGAAGCUGCUAUGAUUGCAAAGAAGCUGCACUUUGCGUAUAGUACACCGACAAAGGUCCCUGCCUUUCGUUGCUCGAUUGAUCCAUCGGAGCUCGAUGGUGAUGAAAUUGAAGCUCCAAAUGCUCCAAGACAGUCGAGAGUAGCUCGUUCUCGACUGGAUAAGAAGAAACUGGCAAGCCUCUCGGUGGCCUUGUUUGCUUCGGAUGAAGAUGAGAUGUAAUCGAAUAAGGUGUUCGAUUUUAAUGUGUACAGAUUCUGUUCAUGUUGUUGUAGGAAAUGGUAAAGGGUUGUACAUUAGGCAAUUUGGGUUCUUCAAUUGUUGCAUUGAAGAUGAGGGAUUUAGGUCGUUUGUGCUUAAAUUGCUUGUACAUUUAGGACAGGAAAAGUAUACACAUUAGGUUUGAGAAUCUGUAUUUAUGUUUAGUUUAAUGUUAAAAACUUUAGUUAUAUGUAAUAAAAAACAUGUUUACCACU